UUGUGUGCUUUGGCUGUCAAUUUGACAGCUUGUGUCCUAUCUGCUCGGAAUUCUAACAAAUUUCGAUAAUCGAGUUAAAAUUGGCGAAAAAUACACCACUGGCUACGUUAUCAUUUGCGUGAAUCUGUCACCAUCUAGUUUCGUCCCGGGGUUAGCGACAGCAACCGUCUUUAAUCGGCGAGAUGGCCUUUUCGGUGCUGAAUUCGGUGACCAAAAAGGCGGCGUCGAAUGUUUAUAUAACCAAUUGUUUGUUGAAAAAUGUCGGAGCUUUAUAUAAUUCCCAGCAGGUGCGCAAUGCUGGGAAGUGGCAUCCCGAUCCGGAAUUCAUCAGUCAAUUCAAUGCGGCCGUGAUGUAUCCGGAUGAGGUCACCUCCAAGUGGAAGAUACCUCCAUGGAACAGCAAGCUUGCUCCGGUUGAGAAGACGGUCCGUAACGUUAAGCUCAACUUCGGUCCUCAACAUCCGGCGGCUCACGGUGUGCUGCGUUUGGUGCUGGAGCUGGAUGGAGAAACCGUGAUGAGGGCUGAUCCGCACAUUGGUCUCUUGCACCGUGGCACGGAAAAGUUAAUUGAAUACAAGACGUAUACCCAGGCGUUGCCCUAUUUCGAUCGGUUGGACUACGUCUCGAUGAUGUGCAACGAGCAGUGCUUCUCGUUGGCAGUUGAGAAGCUGCUGAACAUCGAUAUCCCAUUGCGGGCCAAGUACAUUCGCGUGUUGUUUGGUGAAAUCACCAGGAUUCUGAACCAUAUUAUGGCCAUUGGAACCCACGCUCUGGAUGUGGGUGCAUUGACACCGUUUUUCUGGUUGUUUGAAGAGCGUGAGAAAAUGAUGGAAUUUUACGAACGUGUUUCUGGUGCUCGUAUGCAUGCCGCUUAUAUUCGUCCGGGAGGUGUAUCGCAGGACAUGCCACUCGGACUGCUGGAUGAUAUUUACGAGUUUGCUUCGAAGUUUGGCGAGCGUCUGGAUGAGGUUGAAGAUGUUCUCACGACCAACCGUAUUUGGGUGCAGCGUACGGAGGAUAUUGGUAUUGUUUCGGCCGAGGAUGCUUUGAAUUAUGGCUUCAGUGGCGUUAUGCUACGCGGCUCCGGCAUUAAGUGGGAUCUUCGCAAAUCGCAACCAUACGAUGCUUAUGACUUGGUCGAAUUCGAUGUGCCCAUCGGUACCAAGGGAGAUUGUUACGAUCGCUAUUUGUGCCGCAUCGAGGAAAUGCGUCAGUCGCUACGUAUUAUCGAUCAGUGUCUCAAUCAGAUGCCCGCCGGGGAAAUUAAAACCGAUGACGCUAAGUUGACAACGCCAUCGCGAUCUGAAAUGAAAAAUUCUAUGGAAGCACUGAUUCAUCACUUCAAGCUGUUCACUCAGGGCUACCAAGUACCACCCGGUUCGACCUAUACGGCAAUCGAAGCACCAAAAGGAGAGUUCGGUGUUUAUUUGGUAGCCGAUGGUUCCAGCAAACCGUAUCGCUGCAAGAUCAAGGCCCCCGGAUUUGCGCAUCUAGCUGCGAUUGAUAAGAUCGGAAAGCAUCACAUGCUCGCCGAUAUUGUGGCCAUCAUCGGAACGCUAGACGUUGUGUUUGGUGAAAUCGAUCGUUGAAUGAAACGAAUAUUUCGAAGGUGAUGCACACCGAGUCAUUAUAUCAGUCGGCAUCAUUUAUACGACUUUAAUUGAAUUGUUCAAUAAAAAACGAUGUUCUCCUUA